UACACAACCUGUCUGAUUUUUUAUCAAUAUGGCGCCACCGGUUCUUCCGUUCAACGGUACCAUUUCGUCGAUUUCGUCGCAUCUUUCGUACUAAAAGCUGUAAGCAUGAGGGACGACGUAAAUGCUACGGAGGAAACCGCUCAAAAAGAAGAAGAGGUAGCUCAUUUUCAAGCACCCGCAAUUCAACAUAAUCCUGAUGGAUGGGGUCCUUGUGAGUUACCUGAUCAAUUUAAGGAUAUACCUUAUCAACCAUUUUCCAAAGGCGACAGGCUAGGAAAGAUAUCUGAUUGGACUACACCAGCGUUCCAGGAUAAGAAAUUUCCCAAUAAGUACACAUCGCAGUUUGGUUCAGGCAGCCAGUAUGCAUACUUCCAUGAUGAAGAUGAAACAACCUUCCAUUUGGUUGAUACAACCCGCGUACAGAAACCACCCUAUCAACGUGGUGGUCGUUUCCGUCAUAAUCAGAGAAACUUACGCGGUCGUGGUAACCAGCGCGGUGCGUUGAGCCAAAUGCAACAGCUUGGUAAAUUCAAGCUCCGUGAAAGAGAUCGUAAAGGUCAGACGAAACGCUGGGGUAGACAACAGGGCUUGCGUAAUCAUAAAAAUCAACCACCAAUUAAAAUUCGCGAUGCAUCUGUUACUGUAAGACCAGAUUGGGUCACUAUCGAAGAAAUGGAUUUCCCACGUUUAGCGAAACUAUCUUUACCUGGUGUAAAAGAUGGAGAAGAUAUCUUAUGCUGUGGUUCUCUCGAAUAUUACGAUAAAACUUAUGACAGAGUUAAUGUCAAAAACGAGAAGCCAUUGCAAAGAGUUGAUAGAAUCUUCCAUACCGUUACUACUACUGACGACCCGAUUAUUCGUAAACUUUCCAAGACCGAAGGAAACGUUUAUGCUACGGAUGCUAUCUUGGCAACAAUAAUGUGUUGCACUCGUAGCAACUAUUCUUGGGACAUCGUAAUUGAAAAAAUUGGAGAUAAAUUGUUCUUUGAUAAACGGGAUAAUACUGAAUUUGAUUUGUUAACCGUGAACGAAACCAGUGUCGAGCCCCCUCAAGAUGAUGGAAAUUCUCUGAAUUCUCCUAGAAACUUAGCUUUGGAAGCUACAUUCAUUAAUCAUAACUUUUCUCAGCAAGUAUUAAAAUCGAAUGAGCCCAGACACAAAUUCGAGGAGGGUAAUCCGUUCAUUUCCGAAGAAGAGGAAAGUGACGUUGCUAGCGUUGCAUACCGAUAUAGAAAAUGGGAUUUAAAUAAUGGAAUUGUGCUUGUUGCAAGAUGCGAGCAUGAUGCUGUUAUGCAAGGUCCGAAUAACGAAACUCAAUUCUUAACAAUCAAGGCUUUGAACGAAUGGGAUUCGAAAUUGGCCAAUGGCGUUGAAUGGAGACAGAAGUUAGAUACUCAGCGUGGUGCGGUAUUAGCUAACGAGCUUCGUAACAAUGCAUGCAAAUUAGCAAAGUGGACUGUUCAGGCACUGCUGGCGGGUUCGGAUCAAUUGAAAUUUGGAUAUGUAUCCAGAGCAAUGGUCAGAGAUUCUAGUAAACAUGUAAUUCUUGGUACUCAACAAUAUAAGCCGAACGAGUUUGCAACACAGAUCAAUCUUAAUAUGGAUAAUGCUUGGGGUAUUUUAAGAUGUAUUAUUGAUAUUUGCAUGAAACAAAAAGAUGGAAAAUAUUUAAUUAUGAAAGAUCCAAAUAAGCCAAUGAUAAGAUUAUAUGAUAUUCCGGAUAACACAUUUGAGAGUGAAGGAGAAGAAGAUGAGGACGAUGAUGAACCUGUGAAUGAUGCUUUCCAGAGUUAACAUCUUAAGCUUUCUACAACUUUUUUGGAUCAUUGUCUUAAGAGUCAUUGAUUGAUAUUAUAAACAUGUACUAUACCAAGAAAAAGAAAAAUAAUAAAACAAAUUUUAAUUUAG